UGGACCAGGUCUGCAGAGGGAUCCAGCCCUAUUCCCAGUUGUAGCUCUUGAACUCUGUAAAGGACCUGCUGGCAGUGAUGGACUUGCUUUGUACAAGGGUCAGUCUGAGAUGCGGGAGGUGAAAACACAGCACAACUCGGAGUCAGACUACUUGGCAAGAGAUGGUCCUUCAAGCAACAGCUCCUUCUACAGCAGUGAAGGAGAGGGGACAGACCAUGAAGGAGACAUUCUGGAUUGCAGCGGGUCCAGGCCUUUGCUGAUGGAUUCGGAAGAGGAGGAGGAAACCUGCAAGUUGUGCACAGGGUUCCUGCAGUCUGUGCCCAGGGAAAGGCAUGAGGCCUCCAAAGAAGAUCCCCACUCCCAGUCUUCCCAGCCUAGAGCAGGGGAGUCGCUGUUCCCUGCCUUCCAGUCACACACCGGGGAGGUUUUCAAUGAGCCGGAUGUCUUUGCCACGGCUCCUUUCCGAAGCAUGAGAAAAGUGCCUGAUGAGGUGGAUGUCUUUACCAAAGCUCCUUUUAUCUCCAAGGGGAACAUGGCUCUUAGGCAUCCAGAAGAAGCAGAUGUGUUUCUGAGAGCCCCUUUCACUAAAAAGAAAAGCGUGGAAGAGUUGACUUCCCACAGUACAUCUAAAGAGUCAUUCACACCACCCAUCCUCCUGAGUCAGGGAGGCGAUGUCCAACACCGAGCUAACCCCACGAUCCCAAGCCUGGACUCAGCAAUGUGUGGAUCCACAGCCUUGGCGAGAGCUCAGUAUCCCUCUGCUGGGUUUAAUCAGCCAGGAAAUCUUCAUCCCUCUUCCGUCAGAGCCACAGAGACCCAGGAGCACAUCCCUGCUAAAGGCUGUGUGCCGCAGGAGCAGGGCGGCAGUGCCGGCGAGAGGAGCCAGGGAGCAGCCGCGCUGCCGCAGGAAGCCGUGCUGGGCUCCGGGGGUAACAAGCCUUUCCGUCCACAAGCCCUGUCCAAAUACUCCCGUCACUACAGUCCAGAAGAUGGGCAGGGGCUCGACGUGAAGCCCAUAGCUGCUUACAAAGUGGUUUCUCAGACCAACAGACAGGCGAUAGCAGGAUCUGUCUCUGUUGUCCCUCUGUCUUCCAGGACUACAGAGCUGCCCGGCGGGGAUCCCUUUGCUUCAGCACCCUUUCCUUCCAAAGCAGGAAAGCAAAAGCCUUAAUCUGCUGUGAGCUGGGAGGUGUGCUUCCCUACGACCACCUCUCACAGGACCUCGAACCUCUUAGUUGAAAUGAAUGAUAUAGCAAUAUAUAUAUAUAAAUAAUUAUUAUUUUUUGGUCAGAACUCUAUUUGCAGUGAUAUAUAGUUGAACCAUUUUAAGUUAUGUUAGUCUGAACGCCUGGCUCUCAGGAUCUUCAUAUCCUUUUUCAGUUGCUUCUUACCUUCCUCCUCUCACUGUCUUCCCCUCCAUUUAUUUUUUAGAUGCUUUCCCAAACCAGUAAUAUUCCAUAUUUUCUGGUCCUGGCUGGGAAAAUGCAUUAUAAGAUGAAUGAAAAGGUUUAUUAAUUACAGAGCAAGUCAAGCGGGACUUGCUAGUGCUCUGGAAAGGAAGUGAUUUCCCAGGUUAAAGGGUUGUUGUGACUUCUUCCCUCUUGCCUGUCAGUGGAAGAGAGCAAGGUUGUAUAUUCCUGCUGCUUGGCAGCCAUGGCAAACCUGGCAGCCAUGCUCCCGAGUCUGUUGGGUGCACCCAUAGGUGAUGCCAUGCAGGAGAUGGUGGCACCAGGUCUGUGUAGAGCCAUUUCUUUGCUCGCUGUGCUGUGUAACACAUGGAAGUGCUUCUGCGUGCGGGCCCGGAGCAGUCAGUGGAAGGACUCACGGUGCCUUCAGUCGCUUGUCGUGCAAGCUCUGGGCUGCAUGAACUUCACAAAGCAACGGGUCAGGCUGUUGCUGUUGCUGUGUGGGCAAAGCUUUCAGUUAAUGUGCGUAUCUCCUGCCUGGUUUCUGCCAACCCCAGGGAUUUGCUGAUGGUGGUGUUGCAGGAGGGAGCUGUGCAGCAGUUUUACAGUAUUAAACAUAAGCCUUACAGAAACCUGCUUAGGCAAACGCCUCCCGAGCUGUCCUGAGCUCCAUACCUCAUGUGGUUACUUCAGCCCUGGCUGCAAUCCGGUUAGACUGAGUUACAGACAACCUUCCCUUCUGCUUGUAAACUCUGCCUUUUGUUUUCCUGGUGAUUAAGGAUGAACCUAAACAAACCCCAUCCGUGCCCCUUUGGGAAUGUUUGCCCUGCUUCCGAAAUACUGUGUGUUCUACCCUAUUCCCAAGGAGAAGGACAACUUCUUCUUGUUUGGUCAGUCAUUGAGGUAGUGAAUCCCAGUGUAGUGUUUGGAGGGGAACCAGCCCUGGGGGCAGAAAGCAAGCAGACUGUGCUCCCCUCUCCUUCCACUGAUGUAGGACAGGGAUAAGAGUGAAACCUCCCAUCUUGAUUCUACAAAAUGCCUGGUUGCAGAAGUUGUCUCAGAUCUGCAAUUUUUGGCCCUCAAAGGCUAUUUAAGUGUGGAGUGGCUUCCAAAGAUCCAGGUAUAGGGACUCUUUGGGCUCCCAGUCACUGAUGGAUCUUUGCAGUGCAGUAAUGCCUCCCCUGAGAGGGGUUGGUGCUGCAGAAUGUCUCCCAAGAGAAGAUUUUGGUGGGUUUCAUUUUAAGGACUUGACAUCUAUGGAAAAAGUCCUCCUUGACUCCAGUGGCAUCUGGCCAAGUCUCUUAAAAGCCUCGUGGUGGCCAUUUCCCAAGGGAGUUUGUUCAUUACGGUGUGAGCUGAGCCUUGCACUGAGGGUAAAGGACAUAUCUUGCAUUUUGGGGGUCUCCCACGAGUGGCUUUGAGGUCUGUGGGAGUUUGCAGGUGGAUUGUUGGAGCAAUGGGAGGGUUGCUGAGAUCAGGAUGUAGAGCAGGUCCCUGCCCUGCCCACUCUCUGAUGGGAUUGUGCUUGGAAACUACUGUGAGUACCGUCACUGUAAGAGAUGGAAGGAUCAGGUAUAGCUGCUCCUAACUCACUGGAGUCCCACUUGGGAGAGCUUCUGCAGCUGAAAAUAGACUUCAGUUUAGUUUGGCAGGGAAAAAAACCCUGCUACCACCUCUAGUACAUAGCUUUGUCCAAAUAAUAAGCACUAGAGGAAUGCAACAGGCAUAUUAAAGAUACAAGUGAAGGCUGCUUGAACAAAGCAGAGCACUGCACAGUCCAGGGUUGACUCCUAACCCAGCAGUGUAAGGGGAGGAGGGAUGGAAAAACCCUGAAUGCCAGGAGCUGACUAGCAAAGCAUGUGCAAAUAGGAGUUACCAACUGCUCCAGCUUUCCGUUCCCCUCCCCAAACUCAGUCCCCUCCAAAAUAUCUCCAGUUGCAAGAGAUGAGCCAAAUGUUCUGCUGGACGUGCUUGGCGUGGGGAUCGCCUGGAAGGGAGAGGAAGACUUUUGAGCUGAGGUCUUGCAGCCCUGGGAUGGGGAGGGAGAACACUUGGAAGCAGGGGGGCUUGCACAGCCUGAUCGCUGGCAAAUAGUGACUUGCUGAGCCCAGGUCAGGUCCAGUUCUGCUCUGCUACACUCGGAGUGAAGUAAUAUUGGUGCAUACUGGUGGUUUUUCUGUCCUCCGUCACCACGUCUUGAGAAGUACUGUAAAGAAAUCUCUGGAUUUCCCCUGAGAUGUUCCUUCAGCAACGCUGAGGCUGUUGUUGAUUGUGUUUUGUUGUUGUUUUCUGUUUCAAUCUAUACCCGAAAGGCGGUUGUUUUUGUUCUAAAUACACACACGAUGCACACCCCAAGUCGGUUGUUGCUGGAUUGGAUCUAUGCGAGAUGCAAACUGUGAAUUCAAGGGGUACCGAGG